AUGAUUAGUAAACCUUAUCUCUUUGUUAAGAAAUUUAAUUUUAUAAAUAAUUAUCAUAUGGAUAAAAAGCUGGCACUUGCUGUGAAGCAGUUGGAAACGUCCUCCAUUGUCGUCUCCGGGCCUGCAGGCUGUGGAAAGACAGAGCUAAUUCGAAAAGUCCUCCAAGACACGGAAUACAAGCUGACCGAGAUUGACAGCAUUGAGGAAUACAAAACGUACCGAAUUAGCAAAGCCAUCAUCUAUCUUCUGCGGGUUGGCGAUGGAAUGCGCAUCAAACAGCGCGACUACAGAGGAAUUAUUUUUGAAACCGAAAAUCCAUACUUCUACCGAAAGAUAAAAGCAUGUGAGCACAUAAAAAUGGCCUCGCCAACACUCCGGACAGUUCGGAAAUACUGCCCGUCUGCAAUGCACAAAACAUCCAUGCACCGCAUUCUGCAGGCACAGAGGGCGCCUGCUGGGAUACAAAGCACCUUACUAGAGACAGAGUGCGGCAGCAUUUCUUUUUUUCAUAUGAUUGGCAAGAUACUCUACCACAAAACAAGCGAAGUUCCUAUGGAGGUUAUUACAGCUAUAGAGGACUCUCCAUUUAAAGUUCUUCUGUAUCUGCACGAGAACAUCCCUGCAUUUACUGAGGACGUGGGCUCGCUUGCCCGUGUGCUGGACAAGAUAUCGCUUGCCUUAAAGGAUCGAAAUCAGAUGUUUGCUCUUGUCUCAGAAAUAUGGAAGCUGCACAGGCGCUCUGCGAAUACUUUCUACAACAUCCGAACAUCCCCAUAUAAUAUGGAGUAA